AUGUAUGAGUCCCACAAUUGGUCUCGGGCGUUGUAUGCGCAGCUUGAUUGGACGGAAUCCGAGGUUAAGAUACGAAGAGCGAGGAGGGUCGUGGUGCCCAGCCUGAGGGAGCGGGCGCAGUUGAUCAAGGUGGCACCCAGACAGGCAGCAGGUUGUCGGCCGCGUGUCAGAAUUAUACUGGCACGAGAUGACUUGCCUACCGCGGGUACCCGGACAACGUGGUCAGAAGAUGUCGAUAGGUCAAGGUACUGUCAAGAUCAAUCGGAAUUAGGGAAUGGGAAAGACAACUACACCCUGAUUGAGGAGUGGCAGUACUUGUAG